UUAAUCUCUUAAAUGUGACUUUUGAUGUCCUUAUUCUGACUCGGCAUCGGGACGUGUUUUUUUUUUUCAGUGGAGGGAAACGGACUUCCUUCCGUGCACGGUGCGCGUGCCUCUCUCUGACGUCAUCAGGCAGUAGAAAGACUGCGCGUCUCCCUUCUUCUUCUUCUUCAUCUUCUUCUUCUGCUGCUGACCUGUGUGCAUCCCGGGACCAGGUCGGACCAGGUCAGUCUUUUUUGGACCAGAACCAUGGGGAGACUGGACGCCAUCCGGCAGUUUAAUUUCCUCAGCUGGCUCCGAGAGGAGAGACAAUCCAGGAAACUCAUUCUCUUCAUUGUUUUUGUGGCGCUCUUGUUGGAUAACAUGCUGCUCACCGUGGUCGUGCCCAUCAUCCCGAGCUACCUGUACAGCCUGGAUGUGUCAGCAGCCGCCAUAUUGAACACCUCGUCACAGCAGGAGACGUCCCCGGCGGCCUUCGAUCAGAUCGUGUCCUUGUACGACAACACGGUGAAGUCGUCGGGCUACAACGCCACGGCCGGGUCGACAGACGCUCCGACGUUCACCGCCGCCCCCACCGAGCUGCCGGACAACUCCUCCGACUGCCCCCUGUCGGCCGGAACGCUGGUGAACGAGAACGUGAAAGUGGGGCUGCUGUUUGCCUCCAAGGCCACGGUGCAGCUGAUGAUCAACCCCUUCAUCGGACCGCUCACCAACAGGAUUGGAUACCAGCUUCCCAUAUUCAUUGGCUUCUGCAUCAUGUUCAGCUCGACAAUUAUGUUUGCCUUCUCAUCGAGCUACGCGUUGCUGUUUGUGGCCAGAUCGUUGCAAGGCGUGGGCUCCUCCUGCUCAUCUGUAGCUGGGAUGGGAAUGCUUGCAAGUGUGUACACCGAUGAUGAAGAGAGAGGCCAUGCGAUAGGGAUUGCCCUUGGAGGUCUGGCAAUGGGAGUUUUAGUCGGACCCCCAUUCGGUAGCGUGAUGUACGAGUUCGUUGGGAAGACCGCUCCUUUCCUCAUUCUGGCAUUUCUGGCUUUGUUUGACGGAGCUCUACAGCUCUUCGCACUUCAGCCCACUAAAGUCGAACCCGAGAGCCAAAAGGGGACACCGUUGUUGACCCUCAUGAAGGAUCCGUACAUUUUGAUUGCAUCUGGCGCCAUUUGUUUUGGGAACAUGGCCAUUGCCAUGCUGGAGCCGACGCUGCCCAUCUGGAUGAUGGAGACCAUGUGUGCCCAGAAAUGGCAGCUAGGCGUGGCCUUCUUACCGGCGUCCAUCUCCUACCUCCUUGGAACCUACAUCUUUGGAACGCUGGCAACCAAGAUCGGGAGAUGGCUUUCCGCCCUCAUCGGAAUGGUGUUGGUGGGGGUCUGUGUCAUAGGGGUUCCAUUUGCCAGAAGUAUUUAUGGUCUCAUUCUCCCAACUUUCGGGACUGGUUUUGCUAUCGGCAUGGUGGACUCCUCCAUGAUGCCCAUUAUGGGAUAUUUGGUGGAUUUGCGCCACGUGUCGGUUUAUGGAAGUGUGUACGCCAUUGCUGAUGUGGCUUUUUGCAUGGGAUUUGCUUUGGGCCCAUCGAUCGGAGGAUCCAUUGCUGAGACCAUUGGCUUCCCCUGGUUGAUGAGCAUCAUUGGCAUCGUGGACAUCAUCUUUGCUCCGCUUUGCUUCUUCCUCAGGAACCCGCCCGGACAGGAGGAGAAAAUUGCCAUUUUGAUGGACUCCAACUGCUCCAUGAAGACCAGGUCCUACUCCACGCAGGGGACCUGCAGUCCACGUGAAGGCAUGGACCCGGACUACGACGACUACAACUAAGAGCACGGCGGCCAGGCAGGGUAACACGAGCAAACGGUUCAGAUGAUCUAUUUUGUUGUAUAAAAAUGAAGACGGGGAGAAACGGCAAGAAAACUAAGCGGCCGAGAUGUUUCCUUGUGAAUGUCCUGCAUUGCGUCGUCUCUGUUCGAUGUCCUAUUAGCGCUCGUACCCGGGCAAACCAAAGUUGAUCUGUGUUUGCGGGCGCGUCGUGUGAGAGAAAUGUGCAGCCAACAGCCUUAUUUAUGAGACGGAUGUUUCCGAGCCUCUUUGUGGACACUAGAGGGUGCUGACAAACCCUGUCCCUAAAGUCUGGACGCACCAUCUACACUAAAUCCGUGAUACGUGAAGUUGGGCAAAGUAGCAUUCCUUAUUUACAAAUGGAAUAUUUUCAUAGUUUGAAUGCAGAAAAAACCUGUUUAAAAGCUUCUAAAUAUGUUUUUGUAAACACGAUCAGAGCCCUCUAGACAUGAAAUAACACCCCUAUGAUCACAGUUAGACGUAAAUAAUUAUUGUUUGUUUGACAGCAUACUUCCUGCAGUGGCUAUUGUCUCAUCAAGAUAACAUUACCGACACCUAGUGACCAGUGUAGAGUACUACAUACAACAUCUUUGACUGCCUUAUAUUUCUAUUUUUCUUCAUUUCGGCCAAGAAUACGUCACAUUUGUUGACGCAAACAUCCAUCAUUUAUUCAUUCAUUUGUUUGGAAAAUGUGGGAUUCAAACCAAAACGUGUCAUUCCAUGACUGGAAUGUUGUGACAAUUAUUUAACAAAAAUAUAUAAUAUACAAUAAUAAUAAAAAGUCUGGAUAUACUGUACAAUAUAGACACUAAGUAAUGAUUUAUCUAAUAAAAGAAUUUGAAAUAAUUGUUAAAUAUUACAAUGAAAUAAAGGCAUAAACAUAUAAUAUCAACAAAUAAUAUUGUAUUUUAAAUUCAUUUCAAUAGUUAAAAAAAUCAUUAUUUAUUUGUUUUAAUUUGGAAAAUUAAUACGCAAUUUAAGUAAUUAAUUCAAAUAAAUAAAUCAUGAAAUAAAUUGUUCAGAAUUAAAAAAAAAAUGACAGCAAAGGACAAGAAUAUUUAUGUUUUUAAUUAUUUAACUUGCUUUUCUCCGCUUUCUUCCCCACAUUCCAAAAGCUUCAUCGGACAAUCCAAAUUCUCCAAGGAAUGUAUUUUUUUUUUUAUUUAACUGUAUUUUUUAAGUGCUGUAUUUAUAAUAAAUUCAGAAUUCUCAUACGGUAUUUUUCCAGACUUUAGGGACCCCACGUAUCCUCUUCCAUGCAUCCAUGAAAAGCCUAUUUUUCCCUUGGAAGUACAGGAAGUUUUCUUUGAAAGAAUGAAAUGCCAUGUUAUUUUCCAUCCCGUUUCCUGGAAGUCGUGGACGACGGUGUCAGUCCGUAAUCGGACCUUGUAUGUCGAGACGGUGGCUAUAGUGGAACCAUCCAAAUCCAACAUGCAGGAUGAGGAUGAGGAUGAGGAUGAGGAUGCGUGUGUUGUGCACACGGACGUCAAUGCCAACUCCAAAGUGGGAGCGAUACCAUAAGGUGCCUAAUUCUUUCGGAUGCUGUUUGCCGCAUGCAUGUGCCGUUGGCUGAUUCCAUUAUACACUACCUUUCACUCGCGUGUGUUAAGAAAAAAAUAAGUCCAAGAAACAGAUUGUCAGUAUUUAUGCUAUGUAGUUGUCCAAUUGUAGAAAUGAGAAAAUAAAAUUGGUUGCUGUCUUG